AUGGCCGGCCAGCACACCACUGGCAUGCUCAGCCCGCGCGCGAUGUCUCAAGGCGAAGAGGCGGCUCCCGUCGAAAAUGGAACGGGCAAGGCAGCGCACCCAGAGUCGAGCGGGCUCAGCUCGGCCCGCACGCAGUGCUCCGCGCCAGACCUGCUCCUGCUCGACUUCAGCGACGGCGAGGACGCUGUCGCGCACGAGAAGAGCUGGGGCUGCACCGCACCGCCGAGGGAUGGCAGCGAGCCGGCGCCCUUCCGGGCGGCGCUCCGCGAGGCGGUGCCCCUCGGGGACCGGCGCCCUUCCAGGCGGGGGGGGCCUGCAGUGCCAGCGCCGGGGGGGGCUCCGCUCAAGCGCCUCCGGUCCGAGGCCUUCUGGGAGCAGAGGGCCGCCGCCGCCCGGAGGCCGAGGUGCUCGCCCUGGGAGCCGGGGGCGAGGCAGCGCCGCCCGUGCCUCGAGGCCGAGAGCCUCGCGCCAGCUGCAGGACGCCAGUAG